AAAUUCAGAAAAUUCAAUGUGAGGGAGAGCUCACAGUUUCAUGAGGGAGACCAGGAGAGAGAAGAUCCUAAAACAGGGAGGAAGGACCAGCGAUAACUCCAGGAGGGAGCCAGUGCGGAGUUAGCCCAGAGGGAGAGCUCAGUAACCCAGCGACCAGGACCAUUAUUGCCUCUGUUAGAGUUCACAAGUCCCAGGAGAAAGGAGGGGUCGGGGUUCAAAGUUGACGACCUGUUCGCCUCCAAACGAAGAGUAUGAUCGAUUUGGCGCGUGGAUUGGCCAAUGAGGUGAUCGAGAAGGAGAAGGGACCCGAGGGAGCGGGAGCAGUGAAGGAGACCUCCCUGUGUCAUUGGGUCCCUGAAGAUACGGCAGACAGGAAGAGGGGAGUGGGUCAUGACAUUGAGAACACGUUGACUCUGUCCGUCACGGCAUUGAGUCAGACACGGCCUGCCUCAGGACAGCGGGGAAGCUGGCUGGAGGGUGAACAGCGCGAGGCAGAACCGCGGAAUUCUCCAGCGAGCCUCUCCCUCAGUGACCCGGAGCGGGAACAGGAGGAGAUCGACCCUGAGGGAGAGAUGGAACUGGCUCUGGUCCACGGCGAACUGGAGACUGAGCGGAAGAAGCUGGUGAUGGAGCAGCAGUUCCGAGAGGAUCUUCGAUCCCAAAUUGCAGGCCUUGACCAGACACUGCAGCUCGAGAAAGACAAGGCCAGGAGCGAGCUGGAGAGAGCACGACGGAGAGUAGAGGCAGCCCGGAGGAGUCUGGGGGAGGCAGAGAGAUCGGCUGAGGGUGGGCUCAGGGGGCAACACCGAGAACAGCCGCAAGAGGAGGCUGAAGCCCUGGAGGUGGCGCAGAAGGGUUUUGAGGAGCUGGAGUUUCAGUGGCUGGAGAGACUGAGCAGUUUGGAGGAGGAGAAGGAGACCCAGAACCGAUGGCUGCAGCAGGAGCUGUCUCUGAGUCAGAAACGGGUGGCGGACAGAGAGGAGACAGUGAGGAACUUGCAGGAGCAGCUCAGGGAGAUCAAGGAACAGGUCAACCCGGAGGGGAGGCGACGGAUGACCCUCAGCAUGGAGGAAGGAACAAUGUUUAAUUUAGAGGAAUACAGUUCCGGAAUGUACCUCGAGGGAGCCAAUCCGAUGAAGCAGACGCGGGAGAUAAUGGGGAAAUCGAGGGAGGGGAGCGGAGACCACGGGAACGGCCCCCCAACUGUCUUCUCCAUUACCAAGAUGGCAGCAGCACGGGCAGUGCUCAAGGAACCGGCGAACUUCAGGAACAGCUCGGGAUCUAUCUCCCGGAGACGACGGAAUAGCCAUGGAGGCUGGGAUCCGGAACGGCCCGUCUCCCUCCAUGAGGAAGCUCCCAGCCGCGCCUCCAUGCAACUCCUCUCUCUGGUCACCCUGCAUCGGAGUCGGAGUUUCCAACAGGAAAAGCUGCCCUUCUCCACCCCUCCGCGAGGAACCCGUCUCUCCGAACAGCUUCCUGAACUCCGGAAACCCCGGACUGAGCCGAGCGUCAAAGUGUCCCGGAGCACCAGUCUCCACAGUAAUGGCUACUCCCUCCAGACCCUGAUGGAAAUGGAGAACAAGUUGAGGGCCGCCCUGGCCGAGAAGGAGCGCCUCCUGCAGGCUAAGGAUGCCCAGAGGAGGGAGCAGGUGAAGACUGAGGCAGAUCCACACCUUGUACACACAGUGACCCCAGUGGGGACCCCUCCCUCUGACAGGGCCCCCGAUACUGACCGAGCACCGAUUGCCCUGCCGACCUUUGACCUUCGCGCCCAUGUGGAGGCCUGUGGUCAUGCGGUGGAGGGAUGCCGACACCUCACGCUCACGGCCAAGAGUUGCCGAGGAUUCCUCACCAAGAUGGGAGGCCGCAUCAAAACGUGGAGGAAGAGGUGGUUCGUGUUUGACGUUGACAGGAGGUGGUUAGCGUAUUUUACAGACAAAGAGGAGACGAAGCUUAAAGGAGUCAUUUACUUCCAGGCGCUCGAGGAGAUUUAUUUUGACCAUUUGCGGAGAGCCUCCAAGAGUCCAAACCCACCCCUCACCUUCUGCCUGAAAACCUACGAUAGACUCUUCUAUAUGGUCGCCCCGACAGAUGUCACCCUGAGGAUCUGGAUGGAGGUUAUCCUCACCGCUGUGGAGGGCAAUGUUCGGUUUUGAAGAUCCCGCCAACAGCCAGAGACUGAACUUUGGGCCUAAAACGCCUCCUCCCCCCACAGCCCCCUCUUGGUACAUUCCUCAGCACAUCCUGGGAUCAGGAGCUCACCCGCAGGGAGUCGGUUUCCUUUGCUUUCUCCUUUCUUUCUGAACUCAAUACGUACCUUUGAAGCUCAAGUUAUUGUUCAUCGAUUUGGACCGGGCAGUGGGAAUGUCUUGUAAGUCGGAAUCCGGGCCUGUUUCGAUGCUUAGUGAGGUUCAAGAGGAAUACUCCACAGACACACACUGUUCUCUAUGGGAGUUGGGUGCUGGGACACUCAAGAUGGCUGCUUCAGGUACAUUUGGGCUGGCGUUAGAAUUGUUUCACUCAAGAUGGUGGCCAGAGAGUUACUAACACAGAUUUAAAGGCAACAGAGUCAAGCUAGAGGCCUCUGUGCUACCUGUGCUGCUAUUAUUUGGCACAGGUAAAUGCAAGAUGGUGGGCAUUUGGCACUGGUACACCCAAGAUUGUGGGGAUUGGCACUGGUACACUCAAGAUGGGCAUUUGGCACUGGUACACCCAAGAUUGUGGGGAUUGGCAGUAGUACACACAAGAUGGUGGGGAUUGGCAUUGGUACACACAAGAUGAUGGGGAUUUGGCACUGGUAUGUUCACUCAGGAUCGUGGGCAUUUACCACUGGUACACACGUGGGGCUCUGUCACUGGGACACUCCAGAUGGCAGUGGUACGCUCAAGGUGGUAGGUGUCUGAAACUGGUACACUCAAGAUGGUGGAUGUCAGGCACGAGUACACUCAAGAUGGCAGCUACAAAGCUCAAGCUGAGAGUGAGAGGAUUGCCUGUGGUGAGGUAUGGGGCGGAGGGAUCAUAAAUUGGUCCCACAAAUUCCCAUGGUUGGCAAAGAAUCUGUGGUCAGCGCAUUCCUGGGCACUUAGCAAACCUUGCGAGAAGGAAUUCUGAGAUUUGAUGGGACAAAGUUAUUUUGAGGUUGACUGUGAAUUUUCUUUUGUUGAGGAAGGUUUCUACUGACAUGAGUUCCUCCUGAGCCUGACAGGGAGAGUGAACACAGGAGCCUUCACAUCUUGUUGGGGACUGGGGGCGAACAGAGUCGACCCAAGGGAUUCUUGUGUUUGGAACAGAUGUUCGGGAACUGUUUCAGAGUUACCACAAUCCAUACCUGUCCCAGGACAGUGUAGAGGGAGCUUUACUCUGAAUCUAACCCCGAGUUGUCCCUGUCCUGGGAAUGUUUGAUGGGAGACAGUGUAGAGGGAGCUUUACUCUGUAUCUAACCCCGAGCUGUCCCUGUCCCUGGGAGUGUUUGAUGGGGGAACAGUGUAGAGGGAGCUUUACUCUGUAUCUAACCCCGUGCUAUCCCUGUCCUGGGGGUUGGCACUAUCCCCUUGCCGAUUGAUAACUGUGUUUGCUGAGACAGUGGCUCUCCCCGGGCCACACCCUGAUCCAAUGGGACUUCCCAUGGGGCACUGCAAAUGGCCAAUCCUCACCCAGCCUCCCAGUGGCCUUUGCAAAAACCUGGCACUGGAGUUGGUUCUUUGACAGGUACAGUCAUGGAGUCCCACCUCUGCCCUCACAUUCCAGAGGCUUGGGCCUUGGCAAAUGUUGUGGGAAGGAUUGGUUGUUGGUGUGGAAGGGCCAACUGAAUGAAUGGGUUGCUUUCCCCUCUCUGUUUUUAGGUGACACAAUUGAUUAUGAACGGUUUUGCACUCUCUGCCCAUUACCCACCUGCCUGUUUCUCAUGAGUGCCCCGUUGGCACUGCCCCCUGUGCGUCUUCGUACCUGCCAGAGACUCUCAUUGGCUGAAGGACUCAGCCAUGCCGCCAUGUUGUUUGGGUGCCUCCAUCUGCUGGGUCCAGCAUCCUCCCAGCCAAUUGGAAGCCAGGCAGUCUGUCAGUGAACCUGAUUGGAGGGUCACUGGACCCUUCCUGGGGCGUUCACAGCCCCCUGUCCUGUCAGAUAUCCAGAGCGUCGAAGGGGGUUACGAGAUGGGCAAUGGGGUUGGGGUUCCAGCUGCCUCUGCACUGGGAUGCUCGGUUACCCGCGGUGGGAGUGAGAAGGUCUUUGUUGUUGUCCCUUUGUCAAGAUUUCUCCCUCCUUCAUGUCUGUUAUAAUAUAUCAGCUCUGCCUGA